AAGAGUAAAUCGCUGACAAAUAAUUUCGCAUUGUGAUAGAAAACAUCGCGAAACAUUUACUGUACAUUUACAUCAUUAAUAUUUAUAUCGGCCGACAAAUUAUUCGACAUGAGGCGACUCAUUAUUCUCGCCUUUGUCGGCACGUUUCUAACGAGAGAUGUUGCGCCGUCGAAAGUUCAUCAUGAAUAUUCUUCGAAUCUAGCAUGGUUGUUCGGUUCAAAAAAAUUAAGUGACAAUACAGAAGGAGAGAGAACUGUAUGCGAAUCCGAGGAGUGCAAGAAAAUGGCUAACACGAUAUUAGAAAGCUUGAAUAGAUCCGUAAAUCCAUGUGAUGACUUUUACGAAUACGCGUGCGGAAAAUGGCCAGAGAUUAAUCCCGCUCCAGAAGGAUCGGAGAAGUGGAGUGUGUUCCACAUUCUUACAUACAAGACCAUAAACGACGUAAGAGCGAUUGUGGAGGCCGAGGAUACGGAGAAUGAUUCUAACACUAUAAAACUUGCAAGAAAAUGGUACAAAGCUUGUAUGGAUGAAGAUGCGAUAGAAAAGGAAGGAAUCGAUCCGCUGGUUUCUACCUUAUCGCGUUUAGGUGGCUGGCCAAUGAUAACGGAUGAAUGGGACGAACAAGAGUACAGCUGGCAAAAAGUGGACGAUCAAUAUAUGCGCCUAACGGGAAGAAAUGCCUUUUAUGACGUGCGUAUAGAAGAUUCAGACGAUACAGAAGAAAAAGUAGUAAGGAUCGACGCGCCGCAUUUACCCCCGGGAUUAAAGCAAAUACGGGAAAUAAUGAAUGAAGACGAGGACGAAGAUGACGACGAAGACGAAGAUGACGACGAAGACAAAGAGGACGACGAAGAUAAAGAAGAAAGCAGAAGUGAAGAGGAUCCGAGUGACGAGGAGCAAAGCGACGAGGAAGGCGAAGAUGAUUUUAAAAUCAUAAUUAUUACUAAUGACUAUGAUAAUGACGACGAUGAAAGCAGUGGCAAUAAUAUUGACGAUGAUGAAGGCAGUGGCAAUAAUAUUGACGAUGAUGACGAUGGUGGCGAUGAUGACGACGAUGAUGAUGAUACAAGUCAACAGAAUAAAAAUGUCAGAAAGGAAAUAGGCAAGAAAAAAAUCACCGGCAAGAUCGAUCAUAAGAAAAGCAAAAAAUUAAAACAUGUUGGACAGAAAAAAAGCGGCACCCAGAUUACUAAGAAGCAUAAUAAUCAUAAAACAAAAAGACAGAGAAUAAGAAGAGGAGCAGUAGCAGACGUGGACAGUAAACGCGCGCAACGUUCUAUUCGUCGCAAAAAGGUACAUUUCACCCGGAAAGGCGAAAGGAACCACGUAAGAAAAGUACAUAGAAAAAGAAUGAGGAAAAUUUCGGAUAAUGGAGAAACGAUGGCAACGGCGAUACCACAAGUGAACCCACAAAUGGAAGAAACGGAGAAGGUGACAAUGUUACAAAAGAAAAUGGCAACGUACGCUAAUUAUAUUUCAAAAGUAGCUCAUGUUAUAGCCAAAGACAGAGGUAUAAAAAUUUCAAAAGAACAUCUCAAUGAGGAUAUUCAAGAUAUGAUCAAGUUCCAAUUGAGAUUGAUCGAGAUUAUUCCGUCAGAAUCGAUCUUCAACUUCUUAUUCGAGAUGGAAGCUACACUUAAAGAGUUUCAAGAGUGGUAUGACGAAGAGAAUUCUAAAACAGCUAAAGGCAAGAUUGACUGGGUGAGCAAAAUUAAGGCGUUGUUUGACGAAGCGUAUGUGACCGUAAAUGACGAUUUAAAUAUUAUUUCGCCAACUAAUUAUAUUGAAAAUCUUCUCUCCUUACUGGACGAGACGUCGGGUCGGACAAUCGUGAAUUAUAUACACUGGAACUUCAUAAGCAGAAUAAUAAGAACUACUACGAGUGAAAUGGAAGACUUGUAUGAUAUGUGGAAGGAAGUUAGCACGGGUCAAACUAAACAACAGAGAUGGUACGCUUGCCAAAAUGCAGCAGAGGUGAAAGAUAUUUUAGCUUACGAAUUUGUAAAAAAAUAUUUCUCCGAUGAUGCAAUAAAAAUAGCAUCGAACAUGAUUAGCGAUAUUAAAAUGGAAGUCGAGAACCUGAUUCAAAAAUCAGAUUGGCUGGAUGACGAUGGUAAGGAAUUUGCUUUAGAAAAAGUAAAAAAUAUGAAAAAAUUUAUUGGAUAUCCAAAUUGGUACAAAAAUACCACGAUCAUUGAAGAGUAUUAUAAUGGGCUCGUUAUUGGCUCGUCGUACUAUGAGAAUACUGUUCGAUACAAUAGAUACACCAAAUUAAAGAGCCUACGGAAGUUGUCGACAAAUAGUCAUGAAAUCAAUGAAGAAAAACUAUUGAAUCCGGUUGAAGUGAAUGCCUUUUACGUGCCCUGGAAGAAUGUCUUAGCUGUUUCCGCGGCGGACUUUCAGAGCCCAUGGUUCGCUUACGGUCGACCACUAGCUGUUAAUUUUGGUACCAUGGGAUUUAUCAUAGCUCACGAGAUUAAUCACGGAUUCGAUGAUACAGGACACAUGUACGACAAGGAUGGUGACUUCCUGGGAUGGUUUUCGUCGAUGGCUGACGCGUAUGACAAAAAGCAGAAUUGCUUUGUAAAGCAGUUUAAUAAUUAUCCUAUUGAUGAAAAAACAAAUGAAACAAUAAAGAAUUAUGGUAAGCAGACGACGAGCGACAAUAUCGCGGAUACAAUGGGAUUACAGGCGAUAUUUAAGGCCUAUCAAAGAAAGGAGAAAGAGAGUGAAGUACUGGAUGCCACGUUGCCGGGCAUGGAAGAUUUUACCAACGAUCAACUAUUCUUUUUAUCCUUUGCUAAUUUAUGGUGCGAAGCAUACGAGCCAGAUCAAUUAAUACCUUCAGCUAAGAACGAUGAUCACAGCAUCGGACGACUGAGAAUUAUAGGCUCCGUAUCAAAUUCGGACGACUUCGCUAAAACUUUUAAUUGUCCGGUUGGUAGUCCGAUGAAUCCCAAAAAGAAGUGCAAUGUCUGGAAGUGACUAUGAAGAAUCUUGAAAAGCCAAUUUUAAAGAAUUAUCCCGCAGAAAUUAUUUAUCCAAAUGUAUUGAUGAAUAAACAAUAAUGCAUACUGAAAA